AUGUCGCAAUCACUACGUCCCUACCUCCAGGCUGUCCGGAGCAGUCUGACGGCCGCCCUCUGUCUCUCCAACUUUGCUUCCCAGACCGCCGAACGACACAAUGUCCCCGAGGUCGAAGCCCGGACUUCCCCUGAAGUGCUGCUUACACCCCUGACGAUUGCGCGCAACGAGAACGAGCGAGUCCUUAUCGAGCCCAGCAUCAACAGCAUACGCAUCAGCAUCAAGAUCAAGCAGGCCGACGAGAUCGAGCACAUCCUGGUACACAAGUUCACCAGGUUCUUGACACAAAGAGCCGAGUCCUUCUUCAUUCUCAGAAGGAAGCCCAUCAAGGGAUAUGAUAUCUCUUUCCUGAUUACCAACUUCCAUACCGAGGAGAUGCUCAAGCAUAAGCUGGUGGACUUCAUCAUCCAGUUCAUGGAGGAGGUUGACAAGGAGAUUUCUGAAAUGAAGCUAUUCCUAAAUGCGCGGGCGCGUUUCGUUGCCGAGUCUUUCUUGACACCAUUCGACUAA